GUUGUCCACUGUUGAUAAUGACUAGCGCCCUCUAUUGGUCGAGUGUUUUGAUAAUGGUUGUGCACGUCCACAAAGAUGGCAGAAACAGAACGAGAAAUGUUGCCCACUGACUGCGCCAUCAUCCACGAGAUCUACGACAAUGGUGACGCCCAGGAACAAUUUGAGUACGAACUGGAGCAGGCCCUGGAGGCCGGCCGCAGCAUCAUCAUCAUCGAGCCGUCGCGGCUCGGCGACGAGACGGCGCGCUGGAUCACCGUGGGCAACUGCCUGCACAAGACGGCGGUCCUGGCCGGUAUGGCGUGCCUGGUCUCCCCCUGGAUGCUCCCCGCCAAAGCCACGAACUUUGUCAGCAUUCCCUUCGGCACGGCCAGCGUGGCGUGCGCCACGCUGUACGGCGUCUCCUGGCAGUUUGACCCCUGCUGCAAGUACCAAGUGGAGUACGACACCAGGAGCCUGGCCCGCUUGCCCCUGCACACCCUCACCACGGCUACCCCUGUCGUCCUAGUCCGACGGGAGGACAAGUAUCGUAAGACGCUACACAACGUCAUCGCCGGACUGGCGGCCAUCUAUCUCACCUACAAAUUCUAUCACUGGUGCGCUCAAUGAUGCUGCGUCAACCAGCCGUAGGACUUUGUAUGAGCCAGCUAUGCGUCGGAGCUGUUUGGAACAAUGUUCAAUCAUUUUUUUAAAUGCGUUUCUUGUGCACAGGGUUGUAGUCGAAUCCAUCGCAAGUCAAGCACAAGUAUUCUUAGGCCGUGUCCGAAACGGGCUUCCAGAGCUAAGGCUUCGUCUAUUGUCAGCGUGUCCCCGCGUAUUUUCAAUGGGGGCAGACCUAGACCUAGCUCUAGACAGUUGAUUCGGAUGCAGCCUAAGUCUGCAUUCAAGUCACUAUUCACAUAAACUGUGUCAAAAGGUAUUGCUUUGGUAUUGCGCAUCGCCCUGUUACUUGUGCCUAGACUUGUGCGUUGACUCGACUGCAACACAGUUCAAGCAUUGUGAGAGCUGAUUCAUACUCGGCGUGAAAAGGAACGCGAAUUUGUGACGUCAGGGCAAGUUUUCGCGCUGCGAAUUCGCAAAUGUUGAACACAUUUCAACUCGGGCGAAUUUCGCAGGGAAUGCUUCGUGACAUCAAAUUCGCAUCACACUCGCAUGAAGUGCGAACCAGCGUUAAGGCAAUGUUAAAGGUUGUGUUAAAGUUUUUAUUGUGCUAGGGAUAUUGGCAUUUUAAGGUUGACCAAUGUUUUCGGUCUAAAACUGCGUGUAUGCUUGAUUGCUGUUUUCAUGAUUACUAAAAAGGUUGUGGUACAGAAAGAGAGUUCAUUAUGUAUGUGUAGCUGCAACACGUGCACUGUAUCUGCAGUGCUUGUACAGUACAAUGUACGUACACCAGGAAGCCAACAGAGAAAUGAUGGCUGUCAGUAAUUCUACACUCAUUUGGUUUAACCCUAACCGCCCUGAAUCCUGCAAAAUCCUCUUUGCCAAAGUGGAGGAAUUUGGAGGAUUGAGGUUACAUG